CCAUGUCGCGCUUCUUCACCACCGGCUCCGACAGCGAAUCCGAGUCCUCGGCCUCGGGGGACGAGCUCGCCCCAAAGCCUGCGGGGGGCAACUACAGCAAGCCCCUGCUGCUCAGUGAGGAUGAGGAGGACACGAAGCGCGUGGUCCGGAGCGCCAAGGACAAGAGGUUCGAGGAGCUGGCAGCGCUCAUCCGCACCAUCCGCAAUGCCAUGAAGAUCCGCGACGUUUCCCGGUGCCUCGAGGACUUCGAGCUCUUGGGCCGAGCCUUCGCCAAGGCCAAGGGGGUGCUGGAGCGGGACGGGCCCCCCCGCUUCUACAUCCGCAUCCUCGCCGACCUCGAGGACUACCUGGCCGAGGUGAUGGGGGACGGGCCCCCCCGCUUCUACAUCCGCAUCCUCGCCGACCUCGAGGACUACCUGGCCGAG